AUGAAUGGACAAAAUAGUACAACUGUGAAUACAGCUUAUCAUGGUUCACAAUGUUUGAAAUAUGAAGGAUGUAAUGAACCAGAAAAUAUAAUUAAAGAAAUAAUAUGUACUUUGAAUUUGGUCAAAGAUGAAAAUUUUAAGAAGAAUGAUCGAAAAAGAAUGAAAAAAUUACAAGAUUGUUGUGCCAAAUUGUAUACGAAACAAUGUUUUCUCUUUCGUGUUGUCAAUACAGCAUUACGAGACGAUGAUCGAACUAAACUUGAAACAUUGGGUCCAUAUUGUUAUCUAGUUUAUAACUAUAUUGGUCGACAUAUAAAAGAUAAUUUUCCAAUUCGUCGUCGUCUUUCACAAAUAGUUCAUCCAACUGAAUCUCAAUCUAUGAUUAUCUGCCGUGGUGAUUAUGCUCCACGUGAAAAGAUAUAA